GAAGCCCAUCUUCCCUUCCUUGCGUUUGCUCUCACCACCCGUUUUCUUUUUCAAAACAUAAACAGAAAAUCACCGCAAAAGGAAGAAACCAGUUUCACCUUCCCCAACCCUUAAACCUCUCCAAUGGCCAAGACGCUAGUAACAACUCGCCCUUACAUCAUCUUCUCAUCAACAAAAACCAAUAUUUUCGUCAAAUCCUUCCCACUCUUUACCCACUCCAGCAAGUCUUUUACCUCUCAAGCCACACUCUUGGCAACCAAAAACCACUCAAAUUCAGGCUUGUUUUGGUCUUCCGACAUUAAUAAACCAAUAAACAAUGAUGAUAAAAACAACAGGGUUGUUUCAAAAACAGGGUUUGGAAUUCUGGGUCACCGCAAAUUUUCCAUCAAAGCCACUCAUGUUAAUGAUCCUGGCUCCAUCGAUUCCCCUCUCAUGCAAUCUAUGGAGAAAAAGAUCAAGGAACAUUUAAAUGCAGAAUCAGUCAUUGUAAAAGAUGCAUCUGGAGACGGCCGACAUGUUUGCAUUGAUGUUGUAUCUUCAGCAUUCGAGGGGCAAUCAAUCGUGAACAGGCAGAGGAUGGUUUACAAAGCCAUAUGGGAGGAGCUUCAAAGCACAGUGCAUGCAGUAGACCAGAUGACUACUAAAACCCCAAGUGAAGCAACAAGUCAGAAGUGAUAAAGCAAUGCCAAUAUUUUCAACCUGUCACCGAAAGUCCUUUCAAUAAUUUUCCAUUAUUUCCUUGUCUUAUGAUGAGUCCUCAAUCUGUUUGGCUAGUAGCAAUUUGUAUUCUUCCUCUUCUUUGUAUUCCAUUACCUAAACAGUUAAAACUUUUGAUGGGAUUAAUUGCUGCAUAGACUAAAAAAGGGAGAGGCAAUUAAUUCUGCUCAUUCACCACCCACCCCCCCCUCCCCCCUCCCCCCUCCUUUUUUUUCUGCCAGGCAAAGGAUGGAAUUUAUUGCUA